AUGUGGGAUUUCUUGCGUCGACCGUUCGAAGACUGCAAAAGCUACUGCGACGUGUUGGAUCCGUACUACUACAGCAAGACCUCGCCCGGGGUUCGCAGGAAUCCACCCAAAUUUGAUCGAGCAUGUUGGGAGAACGACCUCAAAUACGAUUUCUCUCUAUCGCGCCCCCCGCCGUCAUUUCAGUCUUCGUCUAGUGGCCGUAUGCAAUUCACAUUGUCGCGUUCACGGUCACAAUCACGCUCAGCGUCAGUGUUGCACGAGGAGGAAGAGGAACAACAGGUCCAGUUCUUGUUCUACGGUGGCAGCGACAUCUCGACGCCUGUGUCAGUAGGGAAGCUGUGUUCCAGUGGAUACCGCAGCGAUGUGAUCUGCACGCCAAUGCGACUGGUGAGUCAACCACCACGGAUCAGCCACGAAAUACCGUGCUUCUUCUCGCCGAGGGAUACGCCUAUGAUGUCGCCGAUGUCGGCGCCUAUCUACUCGCCACAUCUCUUCCAGAUCAACGAACAGCGAUGGCGACUUCGGCCCAGGCACAAUGGGCGAUAUCUCAAAUGAACGAUAUUAAAUGCAUACAUAUAAUAAACAUUGUUCUUGAGGCUCUAAAAAGCUAUUUACUACUG